AUGGAGUCGACAUUGUCUAUCUAUCCUUUCUAUCAACCGCCGUCGCCCCCCCCUCUCAGAUAUGUCUUACUCCCAUUGCUCGACUUCGAUAGUAUCCUUUACCCGUCAUCUCCACCAUCGGCUCUACCCAACAUCGAGGUUGUCCCUGGUGGCCCCGACCGCCAUACCAGGAGGAAACUCACUAUCUGCGGCCACCCAUAUCAGAUACGCCAGCUGCGCAGCCCCAAGCCACCCGGCGAUCGUGCUUAUUCCUCCCCGCCGGAACCGGAGUCGAAGCUCAUCCCCUCGACUAUGCCUACAUCAGCAACGCGUGCUUCUACGGUGCAGCCGUUCAUUGCACCGCAGUUGGCGCCUCCUCGUCGCUCCUCAUCACAGCCCCCUAGGCAGACGUCUGUCCCUCCUCGUCCCUCGUCACAACCUCCUCGCGCUGCGACACCUCGCCAUAUCUCCCGACAAUCCCGAAAACUUGCACCGGGUCCCGGCCGUCUUCUUCCUGUGGUGGAGGAAGUAGUCGGGCUCCCAUCCGAGGACCGGCGUGUACGCUGGAAUCAUUCCGGCGCGACUGAUGAAGAAGAAGUAGACGAGCUUGAGCCGUCGGAUGCUGAACCGCCUCUGAAAAAGCCUGCAGGGGACUGUGGCCGCCCCUCACGGGGUGGAUACACGCUCGAGAGUGCGCUUGCAGUCACCGCGAAGGAGUACGCCAAUAUGAAGGACACAAUCAACGAGAUUGUCGCGCAGCAUUGCGACCAUCGCAAACUAUUGAGUGCUCAGACCGCUGAGGCAAGAAAGCGUGCACGUGCUGCGGUUGGAACCGCCUUUCCUGAGUUGGUCGAGCGCUACGUCGGUGCCUGGCCCAUCGAUGAUUUUCUCAAUGCACGCUUGAGAUAUACCGUGGGCCGUCACAGAGAGGGUCGCCCCGUUCCCCAGUCCAAUAAAGAUGUAUCGUAG